AUGCCGAAGCGAACCGAGCCGAGCCGAACUGGGCACAAGUCCCCCAAUACUAUCAUUAUAACUACCACCGCCCAGCAUUCAGAUUCAUUUCAAUAUCAUCGGAGUUCUCGUUUGCUCGAAAUGUCGUCAAAAUUCAACGUUGAAAUUCCCGUGGAAGGAUUGAAGAAUCCCGAAGUGGGCUAUGGAGGCUAUCAGGAAGUGAACCCACGCGAGGAUUUACUUCCAAAAGGAUAUUCAACCGCACCAGGAAGACGUGCUUUGACCUGCGACAUCCUCGUGGAGCAUGACAUUUCAAUCGUUGUACGAGACGGCUGUAAACUUCACGCCGAUGUUUACCGACCACCAAAAGCCCCCGCACGAUCAACCCCGGCCAUACUUUGCUGGAGUCCUUUCGGCAAGAAGUUCAACGGAAUUCAGUCCCUUCAACUCAUGACACCAUGGAAUCUCGGUAUUCCCGACGGAACGCUGAGUGGACUUGAGAAAUUCGAAGCGCCCGACCCUGCAGAGUUUGUAGAUCGCGGGUACGCCGUGAUCAACGUGGAUUCGCGUGGCUCCUUUGAUUCGGAAGGCACAAUGGCAAUUAUGGGAACACAGGAAGCCGAAGAUGGAUACGAUGUGAUUGAGUGGAUUGCGCAACAGCCAUGGUGCAACGGCAGUGUUGGCAUGGCUGGUAACUCGCACCUUGCCAUCGUGCAAUGGUUCAUUGCCGCACUUCAACCUCCGUCGUUGAAAGCCAUUGCGCCAUGGGAAGGAUGCGGUGACCUGUAUCGCGAGCAGUUUGCUCGAGGUGGCAUAUACGGCGGCGAUCUUUUCGAUCAUCUCAUCGUGAAGCAUAUGCUACGAGGACGCAACGGAAUGGAAAGCUUCCGACAAAUGUUUCAAAAGCACCCGUUAGCGAAUGACUGGUGGAACGACAAGCGACCUGACAUGACCAAGAUCAAAAUCCCCACCUAUAUCACGGGCACGUGGACCAACACUAUGCACGGCAUGGGUGCAAUCAGAGGCUGGCUGGAAGUUGAUACUCCACAGAAAUGGCUUCGAUGGCACCCGUAUCAGGAGUGGUACGAUAUAUGGGGGAACCAAGACGGCCGAAAUGAGCUCCUAUCAUUUUUCGACCGGUAUUUGAAGGGAAUCGAGAAUGAUUGGGAGUCAACCCCCAAAGUGCGAAUGGCAAUUUUGAGAUAUGGCGAGAAAGAGCCUUUGGCCAACUUGGUCGAGGAAAACUUUCCAAUCCCACGCACAAAUUACCAAAGAGCAUAUCUUACGUCCAAUGGACGCUUGAAUUUGGACCGAGCAUCCUCUGAGUUGGACCGGGUGUCUUACAACUCCGAGGAUCCUGAAGACAUGGCAAAAUUCACUUAUACUUUCCCCGAACGGACCCAGAUUGUCGGCAUUCCAAAGGCAGUGCUUUACAUGAGCUGUGAUGAUCUGGAUGACAUGGAUAUAUACGUUGUUCUCAACAAGAUCUCUGCAUCAGGAGAGAAGCUUUUCAACCUCAAUAUCCCUUGGACCAACAUUCCUGUCUCCAAAAUAUCCGACAUUCCUGAGGACCAGCGCACAGAAGUCAUCCUCUACCAGGGGCCGACCGGUAUACUUCGUGCUUCAAACCGUGCAAUCGAUACCUCGCGCUCUAUGCACCCUAACUGGCCCUUCUACACUCAUGAGAAGGAGGAGAAAAUACAACCUGGAUCAGUGGUGCGAUUGGAGAUUGGCAUAUGGGGGAUGGGUGUCGAAUAUGAGGCUGGCGAGUCUUUGCAGAUGUGCGUGAGUGGCCAUUACCAAGGAAUAUCGAACUUUGGUACUACGGAUCAUGUUCACAACAAGGGAAAACAUUGGGUGCAUAUGGGUGGAGAGUAUGACAGCCAUGUAAUUUUGCCUUUGGUUUGA